UGUGUAAACCACAGAAUAUUAAACAGCAUAACCACAGUGCACCCCUUAAAAACUGAGAGUUAGCUGAAUACAAAGAUGAAGCUGGUGAUAUUGACAGUUCUGCUGCUGCUGUGUGUGCAAAGCCUAAAGGCACAUGAUGUGAGCCAGCAAGUGGACCAGCUGAAUGAGAGACUAAGAGAAGCUACUGCUAACCUAGAGGCUAUGUUGAACCAAGUGGAAGAGCAAGGAUGGGACAAGCUGCUCAGGAGAGCUCUAGCCAGCACCCAGGAGGAUAGAUCCCUAGACAGUGAACUGGCUCAAAUAGAAAGGCUACUCUUCGGAGAAGUGAAAGAAGACGCAGCUACUGAACAGCAAGAACAAGACGAGAUCUCAGAGAUAGAGGAUCUGCUACGACAGGACGCUAACACUCAAGGAUGGGGUAGUAGCAUCUCACACGCCUUUCAUAAGGUGACCAACACUGUCAAGAAGGUUGCCAAGAAGAUUUGUGAGACAACUGCUCUCGACCAAGAAGUUGCUGCAGCAGACACAUUAUUGGAUGCUCGUGAGCAAUUGCAGACACAGGCAACCAUUCAAGACGUUAAAAUGACGAAUGAAAAUCUGGACCUGGGUGAAGAUGAACUGGCUGAAAUAGCGUCCUUCCUUGAUCAAACUGAAGAGGUACAAGUGGAGGACAGUGGCCCUGCAGUGGAGGACAGUGGCCCUGCAGUGGAGAGGCUCCAGGCACUCAUGGAUCUAGCCCAGCAAGCAAAGGCCGAUACAAAGCAAGCCAAGACUGAUGAAAGAGGGAGAGAGCGUGCAGGUGCUGAGGAGCUAUCUGACAAGAAGGUCAAUGCAUUCAUUUAUCAGCUCAUGGCUAAGAGGCUGAUGAAGAUACUUCAAGACAAAGAUGUCUAGUAUGUAUUAUAGUGACUGGAGAGAACCUUGUAGAACAUUGUAGAACAUUGUAUCUGUUAAUUAGUAAUUGCUGAAUUUAUUAGUGUUCCAUUCAUAUAAACAUUAUGAAACGAG